GCCCGAUUCAAAAUCUAGAUUAUUUUUUUUUCUUCUAAAUUUGUAUCAAGAUCAACUGAAAAAGCAGAGGUGCCAUCUUCACAAAACGGAAAUGUCUGAUUUACAGCGGAACAAGCCGACGCGCUGCCUGUUGGUCUUAUCUCUUGAAAAUCCUUAAAUCAACUUUGUCCGCUAAUCUCUCCCACCCCCGCUAAAUGUACAACUUGUUAAGGAAACUUGGAAACUCACCAAUUAGAUUAAAAGGCUCAAACGUUUACUCCCUGGUGACUGUUCUACUAACCCAUCAAACGCUUUUUGCGUCCUGCCCGAGCGAGGUGACCUGGCGUAAGUAAACAGGAAAGACUCCCUUUUACUGGAAUAUCAGCGCAAGCGGGACCACAUGGAUUUUUUUUGACGACUCAGCAGGUUAGCACACAUUUUCCUGUCUGCUUUCCUGUUGUGCUUUUUCUGACUUCCUGCUUUUUUAACCACAGGUGCAAUGACCGCAGACGUGACUCAGCUUCAGAAACAUUUGCAAAAUCGCCGCAGCACAAUCAACUGCCUGGCAAAAGGUGAAAAAGACCAAAAGACUGCUGUGAAAGCCUGGAGCUCUCUGGAGAACUUGGAGUCUCCAGAUUGCCCGGGGGUUGACGAAAAAGCCAAACGGCAACAUCAUAUGAAGCUUAAUGUCGGCGGGAAAGUUUUCCACAUCCCGAAAAAAUGUGCCAUGAAAUAUCCUCACACUCGUAUCGGCUCCCUGGCCGCCGACACGGCCCGACUCGCCACCCUCUGCGAUGACUACUCGGUUAAAAACGAUGAAUUCUUCUUUGACCACGAUCCUGCUUUUUUCCAUCACAUCUGCCAUUUUUAUGCCAGCGGAGAACUGUGGAUCAUCCGAGAAAUGUGCCCUAUCAACUUUGAGGAGGAAAUUGCAUACUGGGGCUUGAGUCUAACGGACACCACCCGUUGUUGCUGUAUGGUGUUUGAGGAGAAGGUGGAUGAACUGAAGGAUAACCUGAAGGUGGAGCAAGAGCUACUGGGUGAGAUCGAGGUCAAGUAUGACGACGGGUUAUUCGAAGGCAUGCUGUUUGGGAAGAUUCGGAAAAGUUUUUGGAACCUGGUGGAGGAUCCUUACUCUUCGACUCAGGCCAAAGCGUUCAGUGUGAUCUCCAACCUCUUUGUCCUUAUUUCUAUUGUGGCGAUGUCUCUCAACACUGUGGAGGAGCUUCAAAUCUAUCAAAUUGGGGGGAGAACUCACAUGGAGUGGGUGGAGAUCAUCACCAUCGUGUUCUUUGCUCUGGAGUAUCUAACACGACUUGGCACCACGCCAGACAUCCAAAUGUUUUUGAAGAGCGGGCUCAACUUUGUAGACAUGGUGGCGGUCAUGCCUUAUUUCGCCCAGAUCAUCUUGGAAGCCGUUCCCGGCUCGGGUGACGGGAACACACGAGAAGACCUUAGGACCUUGGCGAGCGUCAGCAAGUUAAGUCAUGUCCUGAAAGUGGUCAAACUUCUGCGGAUCUUUCGUAUUCUAAAACUGGCCCGCCACUCAACCGGCAUGAGAGCUUUUGGCUUCACGCUCCGUCAAUGUUACCAGCAGGCCUCGUGCAUAUUGCUCUUCAUCGCCAUGGGGAUCUUUACUUUCUCUGCUCUCCUGCAUUCGGCCGAGAGGGAAACGGAAGGUUCUCCCAUCAGUAGUAUUCCAUACGCCUGGUGGUGGGCUGCAGUCAGCAUCUCCACUGUUGGAUACGGCGAUGUGGUCCCGGUGACCAUCCUGGGUCGAAUGGUGGCCUUUGGCUGCAUCUCCUUUGGAAUCAUCCUAAACGGAAUGCCCAUCUCCUUCCUCUUUAACAAAUUCUCAGAUUACUAUGCCAAGCUAAAGGCCCAAGAAUACAAGACCAUCUCGGUCCGGCGUCGCUUGCAGCUUCGGAAGCGUCUCCGACACAGGAUGGACAUGUGUUUUCAUCCCACGGAAGGAGAGCCGAAACUAAUAAUACCUCGAUUGUAAUGAGGACUUGUUGGAAGCAUUGUAAAAGUGACUUCACAGGAAAUCCUAACUGUUGAUACUAAGAAUUAAAAUAACGUAUUUUCCGGACUAUAAGGCGCACCUAAAAACCUGCGCCUUAUAUAUGGCCCAAAUCCCUAAAUUUAAACUGGCCCAAAGCAUUGUGUCAUGAAAUCAAUCAUAAGUGGCCUGCUGAAGACUAUCAAUCAUGAAUCAAAAAGACUAUGGAUCAUUAUUUUGUGAUUAUAAAGUAAUUUGUUGCGUCUGAAGUUGAAAUAAAAAAGAUAAAAUGGAGAAUGAUUAAAAAUCUGACAUGAUGCAUUAAUGCUGCGCCUUAUAGUCCGGUGCACCUUGUAUAAGAACAAAGUUUUAAAAUGGGCCAUUCAUUGAAGGUGCGCCUUAUAGUCCGGUGCGCCUUAUAGUCCGGAAAAUACGGUAAUACAGGAUGAAGGUAUCAUUUUACACCGAAUAGAGACAAAAUGACAAGUCAACACAUGCCUUAACAGCUCAACUAUAUCAAUAUUGUAGCCUAGGAAAUUGCCAGAUGGAUUGAGCAAUGGUGUCAUAAUGUGCUGUACGUUCUUGUUGCGGCAUUUUUCGGUUUCUGUUUUCCCACAAUGACUCAUGUUUCCCCCAAGGUCGUCUCAACUCAAAUAGGUUCACUCACUGCAGCUUAUUCAUGUGGCGCGUGAACGUCAUUUGCAGAUUUAGGUUGCUCUUUCACUUGACUUUUUCAACCCAAAUCGAAGUUGUCCCAACUUUUGUGUUUUUGAGUUGUGUUGAAUCUACGGCUGUGGCUUUUCCUCUUCUGGCUCAAUUUAUUAUUUGUAGGUGUUAAUCUUAAUCUUCUGUGAGCAAAAUAAUAAAUCCGUUUACCCAUACAAAUACA